CUAACGCAAUGGAGCACAACGACACGAUGGUCGUUUGCAAGGGGUUGUCGUUAUGCUAAGAGUAACCUUUCCUGCACUGCUGCUCUUUAUAGUUGCGGGACACGCCUUGGUCCAGGAUGUAUUGGAUAGCGCAGAUGUAGGCGUCCAGAAAUGCGAGUUCCAGGGUCAGCUGGGCCAAGACCGGGUGCGGCUGUACGUCUUUCUUACAGCUUGCGUAGACCCUUCACCACUGGAUAACAAUAUCAGCACCAAUAGCAGUAGCAGUAAUGACGGCAGUAGCAACGAGCAGCCAAAUUUCUUCUUGUCAGGUUCAGCUUUUAUGCUGCUCUUAGACCGGCCCGUCACCACCACCCAGCACCAACAGCCCCUCGGCACGCUGCUAUGGGCCGCACACAAUCAGUCCAAGGACACAGCAGCAGAAAUGGAGCCUUCAGGUGGCGUUGCCAGUGCCCCACGGGUCAUUCGUGAAGCCUUAUUGGAGGCGGCUCGUCGGCUGGCGAAAGGGACCGACCAAAUCCUAGCAGUACGAUCUCUUUGGUCCGGAAAGCAGUACGGCAUUCGCUUGUCGUACCGAGAGCCGGAAAAUUGGAUUAUAAACCCCAGCUUGCGUCGGGAGCCCGGUCGCCUGUCAGCAGAGAUCUCGCUGGAUCCAGCCGAGCUGUAUGCCGUGGCCGGAUCGAACUCGAAUUUAAAUUCUGGAUCCAUUGCCGAAACUGACAUCACCGUACGGCGCUUGCUGAGGACAGCCGCUGGCAAUGCUGCUGCCACUGGUUCCUCAGUUACGUCAGCAGCUGCUGCCCCGGCUUUUGAAGUAUUAGCCGCUGGUUUCGAAGGAGCGUGUGCCUAUACUCCCAUGCUCGGCAAUCGACGGCCACUGGCAGCACGGAAGGCUAAGUCGCCAUCUUCCUCAUCCGCCUCUGCCGGUGCAUCCUCAGCUGACCCAGGGGACACAGCAGCACCAGGAGCCCCUGCAUGCGCCUGGCUGGAUCCAGACCGCAUUGCGUACGACAACAACCUCUUUAACCAGUGGCGAGCCGUACAAAAGGCAACCGUCACACCUGCCAGCACCAAGGGCUCCAAAAGGUGGCGGCACAAGGGCUGGAAUUUGAGCCGGGGUAAGGUGAAAGUCUCACCGCCGCCACCACCACCGCCACCUUCCCCGCCGCCACCGGUUAGCAGCUCUGCGCCGCCAGCCUACAUGGUGGUUUCGUCGUACUUCAAUCUGGAUCCGUACGACUUCAUUACAUUACUGCGUCACCACAUUGAGUACCACGCAGCCUUGGGUGUGCAGCGACACUUGGUGUACAUUGAGGAAGGCGAGGAGGCGCUCGCUGCUGACCCACGGGUCACGGCACUCGUGGCGGCGGGGCGGCUGGAGGUUGUACGGUGGCGAGAGCUGCCGGCCUUCCCUCUGCCCGGUAGCAGUGGCGGUGUACGGCAUCCGUACGCCAACCAGAUCCUGAUCUACCAACAUGCGCUGCUGACGCUGUGGCAUGAGGCGGCGGUGGUGGCGGUGGCGGACCUGGAUGAGUUCCUGCUGACGUCCCAACCGCUGUCACUGGAGCUGGCGCUGCUGUUCUGCUCCCCGAGGGGCUCCCACCCGCCUGGAGCCCUCUGGGUGCCCCGUCGAGCCGUGCUUUGUACGACAUGCCUCACUGCGGCAGCAGCGGAGGCGGCUGUACGACAAAGCCCAGCGGGUGACGCCGCCGCCGCCGCCGCGACGGGGCCCACGUCGCGCUCAUCCUUGGUGUCCUCCCGCCAGCAGGGAAUCCUUCUCCCUGCCAGAAGUGCUGCCUCCUCCUCUUCUUCCUCCUCCUCGCCACAGCCGCUGCUGCCCUCGUGGCUCCGCCCGCGGCCGCAGGUGCAGGUGGUGAUGGCGCAGCUGCAGGCGGGACUGCGGAACGCCACCCUGGCGGCGGCGGCAGCGGCGCUCGAGAGGGCCCUGUGGCUCACGGACAGCAACUCUUCCUCCGCCGCCGCCGCUGCUGCUGCUGCUGCUGCAGCUGUCUCAACCGCUGCAAAUGCCGCCGGCGGGGACGUUUCUGCCUCUGCCGCUGCCCCCUUCAGCGCAGGCAGCGGUACUCCUAAGGACAGCCGUAGCAGGAGCAGCAGCACCAGCAGCAAAAUGGACGCUAGCCCCCGGCCAGCUAACCGCUACCAGCACCCCCUGGAGCACUACCGCCACUGGCGCGAGGGCUGGCACCACAAGAGCCUGCUGUACAGCCACGUGGUGUCGUACUUUGGGGUGCACAUGGCGUUCAGCGGCGACCCACGGGUCAGGCCGCACACCAUCUCUCGCAGCGGCUGUGCGGUGUGGGCGCAUGUGGAGACGCAGUUGGGACCCAGGGGGAGGGGCGGAGCAGGCAGCAGCAACGCCGCUGCUGGCAGUGGCGGGGCAGGCAGCAGCAGCCAAUCCGAGACCACCAGCAGCAGCAACCGCAAUGGUGUUACUGGAAGCCGCAGCAAUGGCAAUGGAGGUGGCGGCAGCGGGGAUGGGGGUGGAGGCAGGGAGGUACGCGUGACGGCGGUGGAGCAGCGGUACUACUGGGCGUUGGAGCGGGUGGUUGGCAGGCCGAUACCUAGGGUGCAGUACAAGGGCUAACUGGGGGCGGAGUUUGCUGUCCAUGCUUCAGAUGGACACCGCGAAGUGGCGGUUAAAUAAACUGAGCUGCGAGGAAUACCAACCCUAACCGUACCGAGUGGGAGUGCCGUGGGGGUGAGCAUGCAUGCAGAUGAAGGGCGGUGCGAGUAGGCAACCGUUGCAUGGGGUAUGUGCGGCUUAAAUCUGUGUGUUUAAGAAAACUCCGACUGCCGCGAGUCGGAACGUGUGUGUGUGUAUGCCUAACUGCAGCGCCAUGCCAGCGCCGUGUGGCAGGCGCAGUGUGAGACAUGGAAAAGGAACAUGCUGUUCUUUAGUGUUUAUAGAUUGUAAUGGAUUUUGGGUAAUGCAUAAAUGUGAAAGGGGUAAUUACUCACGUUGCCUGGCAUUACUAACCGCUCGAUUGCUCAGCUCAUUCGGCAGCGCCAGUGUGUAAAUGCGCACUUACCUGCUAAUGGGUGUGCGGGGGUACGGUAACAUGCACUGUGUGGGUAUUUCAAUUAAUGGUUAUCAUCGUGUGUGAGACAAGGAAAUGGUACACAGAUACUGCAUUACUGUCAACAACGCGUGUGUGUGAUUACGGCGAAUUAAGCCCAAGAGCCUGCCAUGCUUCUGCUUUCCUCACCACUGAAGUGGUUGUCAGUUUUGGCGUACCGGCAGCUCAAGUGUGCGAAUGUGCGCAUUCAUUACAUACAAGAGCGCUACAUGUGGUACGUGAUGUGGGGUUGGGUGCACGCUGACAUGCACGAUAAUAUGCCAUCUAACUAUUCUUUGGGGUAGGGCUAAACUGAGUACGUGUGCGCUAGCUGUCAGUUGGAGUUCCGUUUUGGAACUACUCUGGAAGCGCUGCUCUGGGAGUUGAACUCCGUACCGGUAAUAAUUGCAGCCAGCGCCAGUCUGCGCUUUGGAUCAUUGUGUGGGGAUUUUCGGGCGUCUCGUGCCCUUGCCGCAUAUCCUGGGAUGUAGUGAUUGAUUGCUUGUUAAACACACAUGCAGACCCAUGGGUCCUCUGCCGCUCUGAAGCGCUUGUGGGCAUUUUUUGUUUUAUUGGAUGACCUUUAGCUAGCAGUUCCUCCUUAGCUAAACUGUAGGUAGCGCCUAAUUUAUAUUAUGUUGAUAUGGGUUAGGUGUGGGUAAAGGCCUGAAGGGUUAGCUGCAAGGACGGCGAUAUGCUGUGUGUGGCCGUACGUGUUAGUGGAGAGAACGGUGUAUAACCGAGCGGCUUCUCAACGCAUGUUCUAACUUGUCGAAUGGAGUUGUAACAAAAGACAACGAGCGAAGGGGUGGCACACGAGCGAUCAGAGGUGGAGGAGCGGUAGGAGGGAAAUGGUUGUCGCGGCGGUGCUGCAGGCAGCGCGAUACGCAAGAGCC